AAAUAUGCUGUGAGUGUUAUGACAAAAUGCUGUGAGUUCUUCACGAAAUCCUCACAAAAGUGGAAUCCCCUGCCUAGUAAGUGAGUGGUUAAGACAAAAUAAUAUCCACGUAUAAAGCUGUAAAUUGAAGUAAAUACAAGUUUUGAAAAAGGUAUAAGCCAUAAUUUGCAAGUGCAUUCUGUGUAAUUUGCGUGAAAAUUGUACCCCAAACCUCACUUCGUCAAACGUCGUGUUUUGUAAGAAAAAAAAAUUGUAGUGAUUUGUCCCUGGUGCGUGAGAAAAGCAAAAAAAUAUUGAACCCUAGGAAGUGUGUAUAAUAAAGUUUGUAGUGAAUAAAAUGGAAUGCCCCCAUCUUUUUAGUGAAGAAUGUGUUAAGAUAAAUCGAGACUUUGUGAGAAAACAGAAAAUCGAAAUAUCAGCAGCCACUUCGACGUCAAAGACAUGGCGAUGUUUAGAAUGUGCAUCAAUGAAAGAGAACUGGAUGUGUCUAAAUUGUGGCACAGUACUGUGUGGUCGCUACGAGAAUUGUCACGCCUUGAAGCACUCAACGUACCGAAAUGAUCAUAAGAUUUGCAUGAGUACGAUAAACUUCUCAGUGUUCUGCUACAAGUGCGACGAUUUCAUUGUCAAUGACACAAAAGACAGGCGCUUAGAUGAAUUGCGUCAGGAGUUGAGUAGCAAGGAUGACGAUUCGGCAUCGGAGACAUCCACAACAACAUCAUCCUCCUCGUCAACAUCAUCUGGCGUGGAAGAUCCAGCAUCUAGUGGAAAAUAUCAGCAAGAACUGACAAGUACAUCAUCAUCGAGUGAUUCAGGCUGGGAAGAGAUGCCACUGGGAAGGAAACUUCGUCCCCGAAAGCGUACCAUCUCAAGUGAUAGUAGUGAAAAUGCUAAACGAAAAUCCCUCCGAAAGGUGGUUGGUUUGCGCAAUUUGGGCAAUACCUGCUUCAUGAAUUCCGUAUUGCAAUCUCUAAGUAACAUUCACGAAUUCAGUUGCUACUUCUCUGCGCUCCCUGCCAUUGAAACGGCCAAGCAGAAGCGCUUCUACCAUUCCCGCAGCCUCAAAGAGAAUGUCGAUGAUGCCAAUGUAGUAGAGGAGUUACGCAAGGUUCUGCUGAAUCUCAGUCAGGGUGGAGAUGGAUCCAAAGCCAUUUCGCCUGAGUGUCUUUUUCUCGUGAUAUGGAAGGUGGUACCACAAUUUCGAGGUCAUCGACAGCAUGAUGCUCAUGAAUUUUUGCGUUAUAUGCUGGACCGAUUGCACACAGAACUCCAACAAAUUAGCCUACCUGAUGCCGGAGGCGGUGGUGUAAAUAUCAGCGGUAAGACAGCAGCUGUAGUCAAAUGUCACACAAUAACAUCCACGGAAAACAGUUCAACAAGUAGCUUCAAGGGACGCAGUUCUAUCGUAACCAGUGUCUUUGGAGGCACUUUACAAAGCGAAGUGCGAUGUUUGAUUUGUGGUAUGGAGAGCAAAAAGCACGAUCCAUUUCUUGAUCUCUCACUAGACAUUCCAGAGAAGUUCUACAAAGAGUGUGACGAAGACAAUCAACCUGUAUGCAACAUUUCUGAUUGUUUGUCAAGUUUCACUGAAAUUGAAGAACUUGCUGAGACGGAACUGUACUACUGUAGUUCAUGCAAAUGUAAACAAAAAUCAACGAAGCGUUUUUGGAUCCGUCGACUUCCUAACGUUCUCUGUCUCCAUAUUAAGAGAUUUCGAUGGAGCAACUUUUUUAGAACAAAAAUUGACUUAAGAAUUUCAUUUCCUAUCAACUCUCUGGAUAUGUCUCAAUUUGUUCUUAACAAUGGUCCAGAAACGAGACGAUCAAAUUCCUCCAACAAUGUUUACGAUCUUGCAGCUGUUAUUGUACAUCAUGGAAAUGGAUCAAGCUGCGGCCACUAUACCUCAUUUGCUAUCAACAACGGCACUUGGUUGCAUUUUAAUGAUCACACAGUGAAAGAAGUGCCGCCGUCCGCUGUUGCUGACUGCAAACCUUACAUUCUUUUCUAUAUUAGAAGAGAUUCAAGCAAGAAUUCGUGAGAUUAGAUUUAAGACUGAUUUCAUUCAAACAAGGAGUUUUUUUUACUCCAUUUUUUUUUUAUUUUGAAUCUUGGAUUCAAUUGGUCCUAGCGCCUAUACCCUGUCCCCAUUACUUACAUAAAAAAAACAUACAUUUAAACCAAAUUUCUAACUGCUAAACUCCAGCAAUUUCACUGAAAAAUAAUUUACUGGAAUAUCACAGUAAUAUCCUUACCUUACAUAUAUUAUGUCUCUUUUAUCAGAGUAGUUUUCUUUCUAUCCAUAACUCUCAUAUAGUAUUUGAUGAAAAAAAUACAAAUACAUUAUAAAUGAAGAAAUGAAAUACAAAAGUAACCCAUUAUUUACGUAAAAUAUUAAUUUAAGAACAAACUACUUUUGAGAUGAAUAGAGAAAAUAAGCCCCAGUCUUUAGGUAUGUCAGUAAAAAAAAUGUAUUUGAUUUUAUGUCAAAAAUUCAGAAAAUGCAUAAUUUCUGUUUAGAAUCUAAUGAUAAAAGAAAAAAAACAUAUUUGAAUAUAUCUACAAAUUAUUGCGAGAAAAAAAAGAAACAAUAAAGAAAGAAAACUUAUUCUUUACCUUCUAGAAAGAAAAGUCAUGAAAAUUCCUUACCACAGCUCUAAAAAAAAAUAUAGCUUCUUAGUGGGAAAAUUUUACUAAUAUAAAACAAAAUCUCCAGAAAAUUAUUGAAGUGUAUACGGGCUUAAAUUGGACAAUUGCAAAAAAAUAAACCAUGUUCAGCCAAAAUUCAUCAGGAUAUAGAAAUCUAAAUUUGUCCAGAUUGCAGCAGUGGAAUAUAUUUCUUAAAUACAUUAAAACUGUCAAAUUGGAUGAUGUGUGUAACUUCUAAAAGUAAAAACCCAAUCAUUUGUUUCUGAAUAAGUAAGAAAAAUUCCAAGAGAAAACAGAUAUAUGUACAUACAGAAUACAUUAAACUUGUAGUUUAUUAUAAUGAAAAGUAAAAGAAUAUUUAAAUGCAGAAGAAACAUUUAAGAUAAAAGUAUAAUGGAUUAAAAACUCAAAGUAAAUAAUUAAAUUAGAAAGGAAAAUUACUGAAAAAUAUAACAAAGAAUCAUUUUUUGCGGUUUUAUUGUAUAAAAAUGAAUCUCGUGUGAUUUCAAUCAUGCUUUUAUUUUGAGCUGAUAAUUAUGUGAGUGCAUUUAUGUACGUACAAUGCACAGUAAUUUCGAAAAUAAUAUUAAUUUUAUUUUUUUUAAGAUACAAAAACCUUCCCACAAUUUUCUUAAAUAUAGACCGAUUUUUUUUUAAAUUUUGGAUUUACAAAUAACUACACAGGACAGAAGAACAAAAAAUUAUAACUUUAAUUUGAGGCUAUACACUGGAUGAUCUGUAAUAUGUUAAAUACUUUAUGGAUAACAUGAAUAAAUAAUUUUAUUUCAAGUA